UAGUCCAUACCGAGGCGUCGGGCCGCUCGUACGAGACAUUAUUAUUAUUACAAAACAUACGUCCAAAUUAUUGUUUAUAUAUAAUUCUUAAACAAUAUUAUAAUACAAAAUUAUUAUUAAUAUAAAUGCUGUAAUUAUCAUACCUCGUCGUUAAUUAAACAUCGGUUUGUUAGUGGGACUUAGAUUAAUUUACGUAUGUACGUAGAACCAUACGUACCGUAUUAAAUGAAUAAAUAAAUAAAUAAAUAAAUAAAUAUCCACAACCGAAAAUCUCGCUACGUAUAAUACGACACACAGGAUUAUAUCGACGUGUUCGCCUUCCUGUCCACAAGGCUUGCUAGUCUGAUAAAUUCCGCACAACAUUGAUCAAGUUUUAAAUUUCGAUUUUCACGUAUAAACACUUGGUUAAAAAUGCCUGCCAGAUUUGAAAGCGUUAAUAGUCCAGUCGUGCGGGAAUCGAUAGUGACUAACGGGAGUGGAUACAGCCUUGAUGAGGAUAUAGUUAUCACUGGUUUUUCAGGUCGCUUACCUGAGUCAUCGAACAUCGAAGAAUUCAAACAGCAAUUAUUCGAUGGAAUCGAUUUAGUCACUGACGAUGAACGUAGAUGGCCUUCCGGCCUUCACGGGCUUCCAACACGAACUGGCAAGCUUAAGGAUUUGAAAUCUUUCGACGCCACAUUUUUCGGCGUACACGCCAAACAAGCGGAAGUCAUGGAUCCUCAACUAAGGAUGCUGCUUGAAUUGACUCACGAAGCGAUCGUUGACGCUGGUAUAAACCCGACAGAAGUUAAGGGAACCAAGACUGGUGUUUUCAUCGGUGUUUCAGACUCCGAAUCGGAUGAAUUUUGGACUGCUGAUCCCGAUCUAGUUAACGGAUACGGAUUGACGGGAUGCUGCCGUGCUAUGUUCCCAAACAGAAUCUCCUACACAUUUGACUUUAGCGGUCCGAGUUUUGCAGUCGACACAGCGUGUUCCUCUUCUCUUUACGCUUUCAAUCAGGCUGUGGUAGCUAUGCGUACUGGACAAUGCGAUGCAGCCAUUGUUGGCGGUGUAAACUUAGUUUUAAAACCGACAAGCUCUCUCCAGUUUCACAGACUGAACAUGUUAUCGCCCGAGGGUAUGUGCAAAGCUUUCGACGCAUCGGGCAACGGCUAUGUAAGAUCAGAGGCGGCGGUUGUUCUCUAUCUUCAAAAAUCUACGAGCGCCAAACGAGUUUACGCCACCGUUGUAAACUCAAAGACCAAUACGGACGGCAACAAAUAUCAAGGUAUCACUUUUCCAAGCGGGGCUAUGCAGAACGCGCUUAUGCGAGAAGUGUACAACGAGGCUGGCAUAAACCCUGCGGAUGUGGCUUACGUCGAGGCGCACGGAACCGGAACGAAAGUCGGUGAUCCCCAAGAAGUUAACUCCAUCGCCGAUCUAUUCUGCAAGGAUCGAAAGUCCCCGCUGUUGAUUGGAUCUGUUAAAUCCAACAUGGGUCAUUCCGAGCCAGCUAGUGGUCUGUGCUCGAUCGCCAAGGUUCUGAUUGGCAUGGAGGCAGGCGUUCUGCCUGGCAAUUUGCAUUACAAGAGCCCCAAUUUGGACAUACCUGCGUUGAGCGACGGAAGAUUGAAAGUCGUCGAUAGAGCCACUCCUUGGAACGGAGGUCUCGUUGCUAUCAAUUCGUUUGGAUUUGGGGGAGCCAAUGCUCACAUCGUUCUGCGCAGUAAUCCGAAGCCGAAACUUUCGCCAGUGCUGGAUGUCAAGCUACCAAAAAUUGUUGCCGUCUCUGGAAGGACGAAAGAGGCUGUAGACUCGUUCUUGGACAAGGUUAAGGAGAACGAACAGGAUGACGAAUUCAUUGCACUGGUGCAAGAUUUACAUGCCACCAAUAUUCCGGGACAUGUAUAUCGCGGAUUCCAAGUUCUUGGAAACGAAAAUAUCCGCGAAGUUGACGAGUUCGUUAACGACAAACGACCGAUUUGGUAUGUCUUCUCAGGAAUGGGCUCCCAGUGGCCUGGAAUGGGCCGGGAAUUAUUCAGGAUCGAAACUUUUGCUAGGACAAUGCAACGUUGCGCCGACGCGCUCAAGCCUGAAGGUGUAGAUCUGAUGGAUUUGAUUCAAAAUGGUACUGAGGAAACGUUUGAAAACGUUAUGAACGCCUUUGUGGCCAUUGCUGCGAUCCAAGUUGCCCUUGUAGACGUUUUGACUUCUAUCGGUAUUCAUCCAGACGGAAUUGUCGGUCAUUCCGUUGGAGAGCUGGGCUGUGCCUAUGCCGAUGGUACUUUUACAGCUGAACAAACGGUGCUGGCAGCUUAUUGGCGAGGAAAGUCCAUUCUGGAGGCUGCAUUGCCUGAAGGCGCUAUGGCGGCGGUUGGGUUGAGCUGGGAAGAGGCUAAAAACCGUUGCCCCAAGGAGAUCUCACCCGCUUGUCACAACAGCGCGGAUUCAGUGACGGUUUCCGGACCGGUAGAAGCAGUUAAGAAAUUUGUAGCCGAACUAAAAAAGGAAGAAAUCUUUGCAAAGCUAGUAAACAGCUCAGGCUGCGCCUUCCACAGCAAAUACAUAUCGGCUGCUGGUACCAAGCUGCGAACUUCGCUGGAAAAAAUCAUUCCAAGUCCUAAGCAGAGGAGUCCAAGGUGGAUCUCUAGUUCCAUUCCUGAAGUGGCUUGGGGAACACCUGUUGCUCAAUUCAGCUCCCCUGCCUAUCACGUCAACAAUCUAUUAUCUCCGGUUCUAUUCCAAGAAGCUCUUGCCCAUGCCCCCGACAAUGCGAUCACCAUUGAAAUCGCACCCCACUGCUUACUGCAAGCCAUUCUGCGCAGAUCCUUGAAACCGACGGUGACCAACAUCGGUCUUCACAAACGAGAUCACUCAAAUAAUAUUGCAUUCCUUUUCAACAACAUUGGUAAAGCGUUCAAUGCGGGCGCGCAGCCUAAACUUGCCAAGUUUUAUCCGCCUGUCAAUUAUCCGGUCGGGCGUGGUACACCGAUGAUCAAUUCACUGAUUCGGUGGGAUCACACGACUGAGUGGAGCGUAGCCGAUUUCUCAGGGAAAGGGGCACGUACCGGAGAAAGUGUGAUAGAAGUUGAUUUGUCCAAGGAGGGUGACGCCUAUUUGGCAGGACACACAAUUGACGGUAGAAUCUUGUUCCCUGCUACCGGCUACCUGACCCUGGUGUGGAAAACUUUUGCUAAGAUAAGGGGUGAAGAUUUCGAAAAGUUACCUGUCAUUUUGGAAGAUGUCCAGUUUCACAGAGCGACGAUAAUGCCAAAAGAAGGAUCCGUCAAGUUCUUAAUUAAUAUUUUCGACGGUACCGGUGAAUUCGAGAUUUGCGAGGCCGGCUCAGUCGCGGUUUCCGGGAAAAUAACCGCCGCCGAGAACGUGGAAAAACAGCAACUUAAUUUGCCAACCCCAGUGGCUAAAAUUGAUUCCGAACUGUUGGAACUGAACACCAGUGACGUGUACAAAGAUCUGAGACUGCGUGGAUACGAUUAUAACGGUAUUUUCCAAGGAAUAAAAUCGUCCGACAAUAACGGAGUAUCCGGUAAACUUUUGUGGGACGAUAAUUGGGUAUCUUACAUUGAUACUAUGCUGCAAUUCAGUAUUCUGGGUAAAGAUACGCGCGAUUUGUACCUGCCGACUCGACUCCAGCGAGCCAUCAUCAAUCCGUCCCACCACAAAGAAUUGGCAUCAAAACUUUCAGAGAAGGAAGGAUUGCCAGUCUACUCGUAUUCCAACCUCGACGUUAUCAAGUCUGGAGGAAUUGAACUCCGUGGUAUGAAGGCCUCUCUCGCACCAAGAAAACAACAGACUCAGGCAGCACCGAAGCAUGAACGCUACACCUUUGUACCCUACGAAAAUACCCAGUCUGUUGUUGAGGAUCCAGACAAAGCUAAACAGUACGCUAUGACGGUUCUUUUACAAGUUGUGCGUGAAAAUCUCGGUGGACUUAAAAUCAAGGCUGUCGAAGUCGCCGGCGAACGUGCUGCCGAGGCACUUCUGGUUCCACUGGUCUUGGACAUCUUGCAAUCUGAGCCAAUGCUGACUGUCGACUUGCAAGUCGCUUCGACCUCUCCGGACAGUUAUAACUCAGUCCUGGAGCAAUGGGCAACGAAAUGCGUAGCUCGUGACGUUUCGACUAGCCCAGCGGGUCAAGAUUUGCACCUCAUUUUAGCGGCAGACUUACUUACCAACAAGAAUUCAACCAUUCUAAAUAACUCUGCCGCUGCACUCAAGCCCGGCGGUUUUGUCGUUUUGGAAGAGACCGGUAAACUUGAUACUGCUAUACUGAAGAACAGCGGUCUUGUAUUUGUUGCAAAGCAACUGACGGUUGGAAAGAGCUACGUUCUUCUGAAGAAACUGGACGAACAAAAGAAGCCACUUGUCAUUAAAAUUACGCAACAAAACUUCUCCUGGGUUGACAGUGUCAAGGCAGCCCUUGUCAAAUCUGAAAGUGAAGGUCAAAAAAUUCUGCUUGUUGGUCAAGGCGAACCAACGCUUGGUCUAGUUGGUCUGAUGACUUGCAUCCGCCAAGAGGCUGGAGGAAACAACACCCGGUACGUGUUUCUACAGGAUAAGAAGGCACCUGAAUUCUCACUGAAGACUGCUAUUUACGCUGAUCAAUUAUCCAAGGACCUUGUUUCCAAUGUCCUGAAGGGAGGGCAGUGGGGAAGCUACCGCCACUUGCGACUUGAUCAACAAAACGACAGUUCGUCGCUCCAGGUUGAGCAUGCCUACAUCAACACGCUUGUUAGAGGUGAUUUGAGCAGCUUGAAAUGGAUCGAAGGACCGCUGAGCUACUAUCAGCCAGAAAAAUACCCCAAGAAUGAAUUCUGCAAUGUCUACUACGCUCCUCUGAACUUCAGAGACAUAAUGCUGGCGACCGGAAAACUGACGGCAGAUUCUCUCCCCGGUGAUCUGGCUGGGCAAGACUGCAUUCUUGGUCUUGAAUUCGCGGGUCGUGAUUCAAAGGGAAAACGGGUCAUGGGAAUGAUCGCUGCUCGUGGAUUGGCAACGACUGUAUUAGCUGAUCCAGGAUUCAUGUGGGAAGUACCUGACAAAUGGACCCUGGAAGAGGCUGCGACCAUCCCGGUUGUGUACGCGACCAGCUAUUACGCCCUGAUUGUUCGAGGCCGCAUGCGUCCUGGUGAAAGCGUGCUGAUUCACGCCGGUACCGGAGGCGUGGGACAAGCCAGCAUUUCAAUUGCUUUGCACGCCGGUUGUAAGGUAUUCACAACUGUAGGCUCGCAAGAGAAACGCGAUUUUCUGAAAAAGACGUUCCCACAAUUGACGGAUAAGAAUAUCGGCAACUCGCGAGAUACUAGCUUCGAACAGUUGGUACUCGCCGAGACGAAUGGACGCGGUGUUGAUUUGGUGCUGAAUUCGCUUGCUGAAGAAAAGCUGCAGGCAAGCGUUAGGUGUUUGGCUAAACAUGGAAGGUUCCUUGAGAUUGGGAAAUACGAUUUAUCCAAAAACACCGCUCUCGGUAUGGCGUUCUUCCUCAAGAAUACCAGUUUUCAUGGUAUUCUUUUGGACGCGUUGUUCGACACCGAUUCUUUCGAGAAAAAGGAGGUCGUUCGACUCGUUAAUGAGGGAAUCAAAAACGGCGCCGUUAGACCGCUACCGUCGACCGUAUUUUCCGAACAGCAAAUUGAACAGGGAUUCAGGUACAUGGCCUCAGGAAAACAUAUCGGUAAAGUUCUUCUCAAAAUACGUGAUGAGGAGAGCAAGAAGGUCGUACAACCGAGUCUGAAGACAGUCGCCGCCAUUCCACGAACCUAUAUGAAUCCAGACAAGUCUUAUCUUCUUGUGGGUGGUUUAGGAGGAUUUGGUUUAGAAUUGGCCAACUGGAUGAUAACCCGUGGAGCAAAGAACAUCGUGCUUACUUCUCGCUCUGGGAUCAGAACCGGCUAUCAAGCUCUCUGCAUUCGCCGUUGGCGGGAAAUCGGUGUGAAUAUUACCGUUUCAACUACGGACGCAACUUCGCCGGACGGAGCUGAAAAACUCGUGAAAGAAGCGCAAAAGCUCGCACCUGUCGGUGGGAUAUUCAAUUUGGCAGCCGUACUGCGCGAUGCUAUGAUCGAGAACUUGACUGACGCUGAUUUCAAAACUGUUGCCGCACCCAAAAUCGACGCUACCAAGCACCUCGAUCUUGCCUCCAGAAAGUUCUGCCCAGCUCUUGACUACUUCGUAGUAUUUUCUUCGGUUUCCUGCGGAUGGGGUAAUGCCGGACAGACUAAUUACGGUUUGGCAAACUCUGCCAUGGAGAGAAUCGUCGAAGAAAGACAAGCCAGCGGAUUGCCAGGACUUGCCAUCCAGUGGGGAGCUAUUGGAGACGUGGGCUUGAUCUUAGAAACUAUAGGUGGUAAUGACACCGAAGUUGGAGGCACACUGCCUCAACGCAUGUCCAGCUGUUUGUCAACUAUGGACGUGUUCCUUCAACAGCCACACCCAGUUUUGGCCUCCAUGGUGCUAGCUGACAAGGGUAAAGCUGGAGACGCUUCGAACCAAGUUGGACUGUUGGAGGCGGUCGGUAAUAUUCUUGGAAUAAAGGACGUGAAAACUGUGAAUCCUAACAAUACGCUGGCGGAUUUGGGAAUGGAUUCUCUGAUGGGUACAGAAAUCAAGCAGACAUUGGAGAGAAGUUACGAUCUUGUAUUAUCAGCGCAGGAAAUCCGAGGUUUGACCUUCGGAAAGUUAAUUGAAUUUUCUAGCGGGUCGAGCGAUAGCGCCGAAGCCGCUAGUCCGGUACCUGAUCGGGUAACGGCGGCAGAAGACGCUCCAGACAAGCUGUUGUAUCAAUUCUCUGGAAACGAGAUCAUGCCCAAAGAGUCUCUCGUUCAACUCGCGUCGAAGUCGAAGACAGGCACACCGAUAUUUGUCUUGCACGCUAUCGAAGGCGCUGUUACGUCGCUGAAACUUUUGGCAAGCGAACUCAAUCGUCCAGUUUGGGGUCUACAGUGCACCUCUGAUGCACCGCUCAAAUCUAUGGCCGAUUUGGCCGAUUUCUACAUCAAGCAAAUGAAGACCGUGCAGGCCAAAGGCCCGUAUACCAUUGUUGGCUACUCGUUUGGUGCCUGCGUCGCGUUUGAAAUGGCAUUGCAGUUGGAAUCGGCAGGUGAACAGGCGAUAUUGACACUUUUGGAUGGUUCACCGGCCUACAUCACGUCUCACAGUCAAUCGAUUGCCAAACAAGUUAACUCGAAUCAGCCUACAAACAUUGAGAACGGUCUGGAACCAGCUCUGGCUUUCUUUGCCAUGCAGUUCAAACCCGACGUCAAUUUCGUCAAGGCUUCAGCUGAACUUGAAAAUCAUCCGACACUGGAAAAGAAAUUGGACAAAUUUGUAGAGAUAGUUGGAAGUACACAGUUCACCGGCGAAGAUCUCAAAUCUGCUGCCAUCUCAUUCUUCAGGAAACUUAAAGCUGCGAACUUUUACCAACCUGCUAGCAAAUACAACGGACCCAUCACAUUGGUCAAAGCCAAAGACAAUUUUGUCACACUAGAACAAGACUACGGUCUGUCGGAGAUCUGUAGUCAGAACGUCAGAAUUACGGAAUUAGCUGGCAAUCACAGAAGUAUUUUGACCGGCGAGAGCGUUAAAAAAAUAGCUGAAAUUUUACGACCAUAGGUUAAUAAGUUAUUGAUCCGCCCAUUUGAUUUGAUUCUCAAGCACUAAAAGUAGGGUGAUUUCAUUUAUAGGUAUCUCUAACACCUAUUCAUUAGACGUAUACUAACAAGCUAAAGUGUUCCCUCGUCCUUCCCUUCUUGAAAUCAUUCACCCAGUAUUAUAUUAAGGCAUUCGUAAACGGAGAAACUUCAAAAAUCUAUCUAGAUCGAUCUUUCAAUUUGUACGGUCUAAAUUUUUUCUCUCUCAGAUCUCGUCAUCAAUUUUAUUAUUUGAAGAAGAGUGAUUGAUACAAAAAAAGAAAAUUCCUUUUGUAUAAAAAUCUUUUCCAUGAUCGAGUUUUUACGCGUUAUCAUUCAUUUCGAUUAUUAUUCUCAUUACGUUGUUAUAAAUAUAGGGCAUAGGUUAACGUGUAACAUACAUGUAUAUUUUUUUUUUUUUUUUAUAUAUAUAGAUUAUUAACGCAGUCGACACUUACGUUAUUCGAUGUGAAUUUUGCAUGAGACAGUAGUAAGAUUUAGCGGUCUGUAAAGAAACGAAGUGGCAUUUUUCUAAUUAAGAUCUAUGAGAAUGGUCCAACAGAUGGAUCCGAUUCAAACGACGUGAGCGUGAAUUUGAUAUUUAAACAAGACCAUCGGUUCCUAAUCUUUCCUAAGGAACACUGAUUAAAAUGGUUAAGAAGCUUGGAAUGAGUUCCUAUACGAUUUUUUAAUAACUCUCAGUGGACAGAGAUGUUAUUAUCAAGUUGUAUGAGAAGGAUGUAUUUAUUUUAAUAGCAUAAAUAAAUAUAUGUAUAUGAUAAUUCAAUCAUUCCUGUUGGGCAUUUGUAUUAAGAUUUAGAGUUUUUCGCGAGAUUCAUGUAAUGACCGUAUAAUUGUUAAUGUUUUCAGUUAAGAAUAUCGUGAUUUACUAAAUCGGGAGUAUAUUGUUUUUAUAUUCGUCGACCGGUGACGCGUGAUAUUCGCGUGACAAAUCAAAAAAAUAAAAAACUGUUUUAAACGAAGACAUAUUCUUGACGUAUGAGUACACUCUUAAGUGUAAAAUUUAUUUCGGUCGCAUAAUGAAAAUAAAUUACUCAUUUCUUAAUCAUACUCGCAAUGCCCAUGCGAAAACUAUAUGACAAAACGUACAACUUUUAUUAUAAAGUAUGCUUUAACUCUGUGGUAUAAUAUUGCAAUACAUAUAAAACAAAACGUUAUUAUUUGUAUUUUUCAACGUUUCACUCUCUCUUUUUUACUCUCUAUAUUUCUUGUUGGUUAAUUGUGUGUAUUAAUUUCGCCAAUGAUAGAUUGUCGCAUAAAUAUAAUACUAGCUGUACUAAUAGAAUAUGUUUAACAUCACAAGUUAAAGAA